ACUUUCCCAAGAUGAAACGGUGGGAAGGAAGUGUAGCUUUUGUAACAGGUGCAAAUUCUGAAAUAGGAAAAGCCGUCAUACGACAAUUAGUUGACAAUGGGUUGAAGGUAGUAGCGUUAACGGGACUGAAAAAACAUUUAGACGAACUUGUUAAAGAACUAUCCUCCAAAUCCAAAAAAGAAAAAUUUUACAUAUGUAAGGGUGAAGUUAACGAAGAAAGUGAUGUGUUAGAGGCGUAUGAAUGGAUCAAAGACAAUGUUGGCAAAGUCAGUAUUGUUAUCAAUAAUGCUGGCGAAAAAAUAUCAGAAAGUACAACUGAAAAGUGGAGACAAUUACUUGACGUUAAUGUCUUAGGAGUCUGCAUUUCAACCCGAGAAGCUAUUAAGCAUAUGAAAAAGAAUAAUAUAGAUGGUCAUGUUAUUAAUCUUAAUAGUUUUGUGAAUCAUAAAGUAGGAUCAUUGGACGGAGAUAUCUAUGGUGCUUCGAAGUAUGCUGUGACUUCCUUAACUGAAACAAUUGGUCUCGAGUUGGCUAAAGAAAAUAAUUCUAAAAUCAGAGUAACUAGUUUGAGUCCGGGAGCAAUAAAACCAGAACUUAAACCAGGAGAGGUAAGCACUCUUGCACCUAGCGACGUUACAGAUGCUAUAAUAUAUGUAUUAUCAGCACCACAAAGCGUAAAUGUGUCCGAACUUACAAUACAAGUAACAGCAAAGGAAGUUUAGAUUGAUAUAAAUGAAAACGUUUGGAAUAAAUAUUUAU